GUGAGCUCGGCAGACAGAUAGAUGAGGAAGCAUGGAUGGAUAAUUUUCCGCUUUUUCAGCAUUUCUAAAGGAAGAUUGGAGCUAAAACAGGAGCUGGACUAUCAUCACUGAUCGUGGAUACCAUCUUCUGUCGCACGGAUCCUAAAGCAUCAUGUGAACUGCAAUCUGACCUUUUAACCUUUUAGCUUGGAAUCAGAGAAGACGGGAGAAAGGCACAUAUUAUCAGAUGCCGCAUAUCAUUUUUAGUACCUUCCGUAUUGCACUGCGCUCCAAGACAUGAUGGAUUUCUUCUUCCGUCAUCGGCGGAAAAAACCGAAGCAUCCCGCUGCGGCGCGUCAGCCCGGCCCUGCUCUUCAGACCAGUAAAGCCAGGAGGCGCUCUAGUGCUGGUUUGCCCUCUGUGGCGUUAGUACAGUCCAGACGCUCCUCUGUUGGUUUACCUCCCGUCUGUGCAGACCAGCGCAGGCGCCCCAGUGUCGGCUUGCUGGUGGCUAGUGGACAGAAGCGACUGUCCAUAAUAGAGGUAGGGUUAACAAACACAGGUGACGCAGAUGGAGAAUCUGGAAGAGGAACUGGGAGAGCAGAUGGAGUCAUCAAGAGAGGAAGAAGGGGAUUUCAAUACAAACCUCAUCAUGCUCGUGGCGCCUCUGGCUCUGCCCCCUGCAUCCAUCGUGGGAUGGCAAUGCGAUAUCGACGUCCUUCUAAAGUCAAAUCUAUUGAAUCUCAUUUACUCGGAUCUUCUAUGUUACUCGCGAGUGUGGUCCAGAUGGGCAGAGUGAAAGACAAGGAGGAUGAAGAGGAGGGACGAGACGUCUCUUCCUGUUCUGAGUCAGAUAUAGAGGAUGAAGAGGGGGAGAACAGAAACGGAGGAACUCGAGAUGUGAGCUUUAGGCUUACAAAUCAUCACUUAACCCAGGCAAUCAUUAUGGGAAACAUUACACCCCGCCCCUUGCUUCGCCCUCCUCGCUGUCUGAGACGAAACUCCUCCCACAUCCUCCCGGCGGACUCUGUGUUUCAGAGCGGUGAGACGGGUUAUGGAGUUUAUGGUCGGCAUGAUCGGCGAAGGUUAAGUCAAGUUCACUGCACAGAGAAGAUGAAACCGAUUCAGACUUCCACGACCAGCCCCAGACUGGGGCAGCUGGCAGCUGGCAGCUGUGAGCCUGGGGCGGUGGGGACACACGUGGACUGCUCCGGGCCGAUACUCCAUAAAAGCUCUUCUUCUCCGCUGGGGGGUCCGGAGGGAACCAUAUACUAUGAUCCUUAUCUGGAUACAUGGGAGAACUUCCUGUCGAAAGCGAUAGCGAAGUCCGGCCUGCACCAUUUGUCUUGCCAACCCAGUACAUCGUCCCUGAACAGGACCGACCCAGAAGCAAAUAUCCGCUGCACCUUGGACUGGACUGAGGCGGCUCUGCAUGGAGAUCAUAUCUGGUUUGAGACAAACGCGUCCGGAGAUUACUGCUAUGUGGGAGAACAACACUGCAUUGCCAGAGCCCUGCAGAGGUCUGUCAAUCGAAGGAAGUGUGCUGCCUGUAAGAUAGUCGCCCACACCAUCUGUAUAGAACAACUGGAGAAGAUUAAUUUCAGGUGUAAACCGUCCUUCAGAGAAUCCGGUUCCAGGAACAUCCGAGAGCCCAUCGUGGUGCGCCAUCACUGGGUGCAUCGGAGACGCCAAGAAGGCAAAUGUAAACAAUGUGGGAAGGGCUUCCAGCAGAAGUUUGCUUUCCACAGUAAAGACAUUGUGGCCAUCAGCUGCUCCUGGUGCAAACAGGCUUACCACAACAAGGUGUCUUGCUUCAUGCUGCAGCAGAUUGAGGAGGCUUGUCCAAUAGGAGCUCACGCUGCCCUUAUAGUUCCGCCCACAUGGAUCAUUCGAGUCCGACGCCAUCAGUCCUCUAUGAAGGCGAGCAAGAAGAAGAAGAGAACAUCGUUCAAGAGGAAAAGCAGCAAGAAAGGAGCAGAGGAGGGACGACAGUGGAAACCCUUUUUAAUCAGACCCAUCCCUUCACCAUUGAUGAAGCCACUGCUGGUGUUCGUCAACCCCAAGAGUGGAGGAAACCAGGGCACGAAGAUCAUGCAGUCCUUCAUGUGGUAUCUGAACCCCAGACAGGUAUUUGACCUGAGCAAUGGAGGACCACAGGAGGGAUUGGAGCUGUAUCGUAAAGUCCAUAACCUGAGGAUCCUGGCUUGUGGAGGAGACGGCACUGUGGGCUGGAUCCUGUCUUGUCUUGAUGAACUGGCUUUGAAUCCUCAACCUCCUGUUGCUGUGUUACCACUCGGGACAGGAAAUGACCUCGCCAGAACCCUCAACUGGGGAGGGGGCUAUACAGAUGAACCUCUGUCUAAGAUACUCUCCCAUGUUGAGGAUGGAACUGUUGUCCAACUGGACAGAUGGAAUCUACAGGUUGAACCAAACCACGAUGCAGGGGCUGAACCGGAUGAACAGCAGACUGAUAAGCUUCCUCUAGAUAUUUUCAACAAUUACUUCAGUCUUGGAUUUGAUGCCCAUGUGACUCUGGAGUUCCACGAGUCAAGGGAGGCCAACCCAGAGAAGUUUAACAGUCGUUUUAAGAAUAAGAUGUUCUAUGCUGGGACGGCAUUCUCAGAUUUCCUGAUGGGCAGCUCCAAAGACCUGUCGAAGCACAUCAAAGUAGUGUGCGACGGGACAGAUUUAACAUCGAAGGUUCAGGACUUGAAGCUGCAGUGUCUGGUCUUCCUCAACAUCCCCAGAUACUGUGCAGGCACCACACCUUGGGGAAACCCCGGUGAACAUCACGACUUUGAACCUCAGCGCCAUGACGAUGGAUACAUCGAGGUCAUCGGUUUCACGAUGACUUCACUGGCUACUCUCCAGGUUGGAGGUCAUGGCGAGAGGUUGAACCAGUGCAGAGAAGUCACGCUCACCACUACAAAGCCUCUCCCAGUACAGGUGGAUGGUGAACCGUGCAGACUCGCUCCCUCUGUCAUCCACAUCAGCCUCAGAAACCAGGCCAACAUGGUUCAGAAGACCAAACAACGGACCUCACUCCCACACCUCAAUAACCAGCAGCCCGUCCCAGAGAGGCUGAGAAUCAGAGUCAGCAGGAUCAGCAUGACAGACUAUGAGGCUCUGCACUACGACAAGGACAAACUACGGCAAGCAUCCAUUCCUCUGGGACUAAUCGUGGUUUCUGGUGACAGCGACUUAGAAACCUGCAGAGAACACAUCCAGCGUUUGCAGGAGGACUUCUGUUCUGUUCACCCCUCCCUCAGAUGCUUGGGACUGCAGGAGGAGGCCGCCAAACCAAAGAGUCUUUCCUCGCAAAGAUUAUCUCCAAAGUGGUGUUUCCUUGACUCUACUACAGCCGAUCGUUUCUACAGGAUAGACCGAGCACAGGAACAUCUGAACUACGUAUCAGAAAUCUCCCAGGAAGAGAUCUUCAUCCUGGACCCUGAACUGGUUGUUAUGACGAUGGUCGGCACCUCCCCCUCAGCCAUGCCUGACCUGGUUACCCCCGCCUCCGGCCUGGUGAACAGCAGGGAAAGCCCCUCUAAUCAGACCUCAAACCAAGUGUUUGUCUACCCUGUUGCUUCUUACUCCCCUUCACCUUCAGCCUCUGUCCCCAGUUCUUCCCAGAGGCAGCGAGUGAACAGUGACAGCUCUGCUGGGGACGUUUUAAUACACAGCACAACACCUGUGACCAGCAAGCUCAGCAGGGCGGGUUGCAUCCAUCGGUCCAACACCACGGCUGCUGAUUUUAAACCCAGACUGAGACAGGAAAAUAACCAAAAGACGAGUGAAACUGAGAGGGAGCGAGAAAAAGAGAUGCUGAUCGAGUGUGUGAAGAACAAAGACGAGAAAAAGCUGCAGGAGCUGCACCUGAAGGGGGCGGACCUCACAGUGCUGGAUUCAUCAGGCUGCAGUCUACUGCACCAUGCCGUCGCUACAGGAAGCAAAGAGAUGGUCCGCUACAUCCUCGACAACGCUCCGAGUGAGCUGCUUGAUGUCACAGAGAAACUACACGGGGAGACGGUUCUCCAUCGAGCUGCCACUCUGUGUCACAGGACCAUCUGUCAUUAUCUGGUGGAAGCCGGAGCCUCGCUGAUGAAAACGGACCUACAGGGUGAGACUCCUAAGAACAGGGCUGAGAAGGCUCAGGACUCUGAACUGGCGGCCUAUCUGGAGAACAGACAGCAUUACCAGAUGAUCCAGCGAGAGGACCAGGAAACGGCCGUCUGAAAGUGUUUAUGAGCAGGGUGGUUCUCAGGAGACCGACGGCAGCACGCGGAUGUCUAAGUGACGGGAGGACUGGUACACAGAUUCCAGACGGAGGGUGAAGCUGUGCCAAAAUUUGAUCGCGACAAGCAUUUGAUUGAGUUCCGGGAUGAUCGGAAUCAUUUUCUACUGGCUUUUUGAUAACAAUUCAGGAGUCGAUUUGGACUUGUUCCCUCUAAACAUAUCAAACAGAUUCAAAAAGGACUCCAUUCUCAAACUAGACGCGAUGAUCUACCACAGAAUUUGACUCGUCUGCAGACUGUAAAUGGUUGAAACAACUCAGGAAAUGUAGUUUAUUCCUCACAACCAUGGAGAACAGUUACAGUGGCAUCCUUGUUUAGAGGCUGCAAAGUGCAUUAGAUACCUUACCAAACCGUGAAGUGAGAAACUUAUGAAAUAUCUUGUGUGUGCUUGGCCUAAACGGGCGGGGGAUGGUGACAUCCAAAGGAUUCAUGUACCGACCCCCCCCCCCCGCAGCCCUGAUUAGUUUGUUAGUUGUGAUUAUUUUCCUCAUAAAUGCCAACUUCACUUAUGUUGUGAACCUGCUUCGGUCGGUCUGACCUUACCCAUCCGACUUUAUCAAUAUAUUGUACAUACUGUACUGUAUGUUGUUGACUUCUAUUAACAUAUUUUAAAAAAAGAAAUCUUGUUGGAAAUAAUCAAAGUGAUGUUUUUUCUGGUGCCUGUGAGUGUGCGUGCGCUUUAGAGAAAAUAUUCUGUUCAUAUUCUAUUACGAAUCAUGUAUGAUUACUAUAGUUUGUUGUGCCAAACUUUAAAGCUUGUUUACAUUUAAAGAUAUGCUUCACACAAAUCAUUGACGUUUUUUUUUCUAAACGCUAAUGUGUGAGUGUUGAAUUUAACGCCGACACUGUCGGGAACAUUUCCAUUUUUUUGGGGGGUUAAAUCACAUAUUAAAUCUCUAAAACGUGAAAGCUGAGAGGUUUUUUUUAAAGGCACGAUGUCCAAAUCCAGAUGUAAGAGAAAAGUGGAGAAGACAAUGACUGAAAGCCUGUAAACCUGGAAAAGUGAUGGUGAAAGUUACUUCCUCCGCACAUGUUCAGGUAACUCAGUCUGUACAGAACUGCAGAGAUGGAGGCCGGACACCAACUCAACAUUUCACUCCUUCCUUCAUAUGUACAGCAAGAGACAAAAGAUACAUACACGGAAUAAUGCAAACACAAACCCCCGAUGAUCUCACAAACCUGGAUCCUGUUAGAACCGUCUACAAAUAGACCAAGAAGCAGAUUUGGAGUGAUCAAAAACACUGGAUAUUCACGCACAUGGCGCCACAGUCAUUACAUGACAAACGUUGUGAAGAUUUUUCCACAUACAAAGCCGAGGUGUCUCCACACUUGACUUCGCCCGCUGCCGCUUCGCCUCGACCUGUAAUCCAGGAACACUGCAUUGCAUUCCACAGGUUUUGGUCUUUCGUUUGUGCAUUGACUGGCAGCCAGUUUUUAAUGACACAACUUCAUGACUUUACCAAAGAGCUGUGAGAUCUAGUUUGUUCCCAGCGUUACGGUCUGCUCAGCACAAGCAGAAUACGCAGAGAUCUGAGCGAGCAGCGACCCAGCUAACGCACGACCCAUUUUCAAUCGUAUUUGAGGAAAAAAAGGUUUCUGCGAAUCAAAUCUAAACUUACUUUGUACACUCGGUUAUUAGAACGUACUCUGACUGCUGAAAUAAUUAGUAAACCAAAAAAGACAUUUCUAGCUUCACUGUUUUUUGCUUCGUUCCGUGAAUUCUAGCAUUUGAACUGUGUUGGCGUCUUCAGAUUUACCAUCGGCGGUAAACUCUCGUACGUACGGCAUCGCAUCGCUUUUGAUUUUAUUUACAUCUGUGGCCAAUCUAGUCUUUAUGUUUAUGAAGACAUGGGUGUGAAAUAGUUAAUAAGUUACAGUUUAAUUCUGUUUUUCUUCUCUUGUUUUAAAAAUGUGUUGAUAUUUGUAUGAUUUGUUUUUUGGGAUAAAUAUGAAGAUAAUAAAAGAAGGCAGUUUUUGUGAGAAAGAC